GUCAGCGAAUACUCAAGAAGUCAAGGCUACAUCAAAUCUUUCGAGCACUUUUAAAACUUCAAAUUCCUCCCAUAUGCCAGAGCGUUGACCGUUUUAGAGUACAGCACGUCGGAUUUCAAAUGACAAAAACGAAAAGCGUUGAUUAUGAAGCUUUUAUUUUGAAACCAGCAAUUGUUUCCGGGGUUUCUUCUGCUUGCCUCCCCCGGCUUUGACUUUUGAGCUUUGUAGCCUCAAACAGAGAAGCUCAGGCAAGCAGGCAGAGCGACGCGAGGCGUGUGUCGACUGCGGCCACCCAGCAACCUGUUCCUCUCCUUCACACAGGUCUCACCGCAAGGUUUCCAUUCGUCUUAUCUUCCGACGUGUGGACUUUUACCACCACCAUCGUCAUCGGGCAAGCUUGUCUGAGAAGUUUUGGUUUUCCGGGCGAUGUCUGGAUCUUACUGCAAAACUUUGUACCCGUUCAGUGGAGAGCAGCACCAGCAGGGACUGAGUUUCGAUGCCGGGGAGAUGAUCAAGGUGGUGCAGUCUCUGCCCGGAGGCUGGUGGGAAGGAGAAAAAGAUGGAGCCCGUGGAUGGUUUCCUUCAAGUUAUGUCCAGGUGUUGGAGAGAACAGCAUCACUAAGUCAGCUUCCACUGGAGGACCUGAAAGACCCUUUGCCUCCUCAUUGGAAAUGCUACAUGUCUCCACAAGGGCGGCGAUACUAUGUCAACACCACAAACAAUGAAACAACAUGGGAGAGACCUUCCAGUGCGCCCGGCACUCCAAAAUCCUCGUUGCGACACAAGAGCUCCUUGCCUGCAGUGAAUGGGUAUCACUCAGGUGGGAGUCCCUUGCAUCAUCUGGAACCUCCACAAAACAAUUCGGUCCGGAAAAGCAGUACAGAGGCACAGAGCCCAGGACCAAUAUCGCCCACCAGGAAACAGAACAAGGAGACCACAGUGACGAUUAAUUGUGUGACUUUCCCCUCUCCUGCCUCCAUGUCAGAACAGCAGUUACUUAAGCCAAACGAAUGGAGUUACUGUGACUACUUCUGGACUGAUAAGAAGGAUCCCCAAGCCAGUAGCUACAUCACCGGGUUUGAAGUUUUGUUACAGAAACAGCUGAAAGGGAAACAAAUGCAGAAAGAGAUGGCCGAAUUUGUGCGAGAGAGGAUAAAAAUAGAGGAGGAAUACGCUAAGAAUCUCUCCAAGCUUUCCCAGAUUCCUCUAGCGAGCCAGGAAGAAGGGACGCUGGGGGAGGCUUGGGACCAGUUGAAGAAGAGUCUGGCUGAUGAAGCGGAGGUUCACCUGAAAUUCUCUUCAAAACUCCAGAGUGAAGUGGAGAAACCUUUGCUGAGCUUCAGGGAGAACUUUAAGAAGGACAUGAAGAGGUUUGACCAUCAUAUUUCAGACUUGCGAAAGCAGCUCGUUGCUCGCUAUGCUUCAGUGGAAAAGGCUCGUAAAGCUCUGGCCGACAGACAGAAGGAGUUGGAAUUGAAAACCCAGCAGCUGGAGAUCAAACUCAAUAACAAAACUGAGGAAGACAUCAAGAAAGCCCGCAGGAAAUCCACUCAAGCAGGAGAUGAGCUCAUGCGUUGUGUGGACCUCUACAACCAGUCACAGUCCAAAUGGUUUGAGGAGAUGGUCACCACAAGUCUGGAAUUGGAGCGAUUGGAGUUGGAGCGAGUGGAGAUGAUCCGGCAGCACUUGUGUCAAUACACCACAUUACGACAUGAGACAGAUAUGUUCAAUCAAAGUACGAUGGAGCCGGUGGACCAGCUGUUGCAGUGCGUGGAUCCCACCAAAGACAGAGAGCUGUGGGUGCAGGAGAAUAAGACUGGAGACAUCAGGCCUGUGGACAUAGAGAUAUAAAGUGUACUGGACAGGUCUGCUCGUCUUGCACCUGUCCCACCAACGUGUCUGCCUGAUAGGGGUGGGGCUUCGUUGGCAUGUUGGAUAACUAAUGCAGAAAUGAUCCUGUUAUGAUCUUUAACAAAGAAGUGGUUUGUAUGUUUGUGUGUGUGUGUGGGGGGGGGGGGUUUAACACCCCCAAUCAAGGACCUGCUGACGAUGAUGAAGUCCUUUUGUUUUUCUUUCUUUCUGCAAGGAAAGCGAUUACACCUAAAUGAUGCAGGACUUUGUCUUAAAGAUGAAGAAAGACCAUCCAUAAAGAGUAUACAGAUGUGGAAUUGCUAUUUUAUGAUGCUGCAGUGUAAAAGCUGCUGUUUUUAAUGUGCUUUUGCUCUGUGUGGUUGUCCUCACUUGUGCAAUGUCACCAAAAUUAUUUAACAGCUGCUGGUGAGCAUAAUGCAAUCUGAUCUAUAUGUGUUGUAUCACUGUGUGCAUUUAUGGCUGAUGUAGUAUACAUAGUAGUAGGCCACAUGCAAGUACUGACCCUCACGCCUCUCGCUCUUGCUAUUUGAUCCUCUAAGUAUUCUAUGUUAAUAGAUUAUGCAAAGAUGGAUGCAACUAUUAAUCAUAAAACACGUACAUUGUGUUUGAACGGAUGCAUUUUUAAUUAAGGAUUUCAUUUGGACUUUCAACACAUAUUAGAUGAUUUAAAAAAAAAAAAGUUCCCGGAUACUUAUUUUGAAAGUGGUAUAAAACAAAUACUAUAAUUUCUUGUAUAUAAUACAGAUUUUUUUUUUUUUG